CCCGCCUCCCCUCCGCCGCCGCGAGCGCGCUCUGCGUCGGGCGUCCAAUGCGCGCGCCUUAAAGGCGACGCGGGAGGCGGGCGGGCGGCGCUGCGCCUGGGAGCCGAGCCGGAGGAAGAGGCCGCGGCGGGCGGGCGAGCGAGAGAGCGAGCGCGGAGGGUGAGCGGAGGAGGAGCGGCCGGGGCGCCUCGGGGCGCGGGCAGAGGGCGGGGGGCCGGACAAAGCGGGGGCGGGGGGGCUCCAGCUGCAGGCGCAGUCUACCUGCCCGCCCAUCCAGGCGCCCGCUGCUUGGGGGGCUGCCCUCUCUCCGAAAGGGGGCAGGGUGUGGGGAGGCUCCUGCUACGGAAUCGGCUGGGGGGGCGGCGGGCGGCGGCGCCAGAGUUCAGAUCCCAAGACAGGAGACGGAUGAGGCUCGGCUGAGCGAGAAGGCUUUGGACAGGCACCUGCUAGAUCUCAAGAGGCAGGGAGUUCCAAAGUGCAGCUGCUGCCGCACCAAAAGUGGGAAGGGACCCCGGGGGUCAUCCAGCCCCACCCCCUGCGAGGCAGGAAGAUGCAGCCGUCCCGUAGGGGGAUCGAAGCUGCAGCCUGGGCAUGAAAGGAUCGUGGUCUUACAAAUGCAGGAAAUGGGUCUUCUGCGGCUCCUGCGGAGGUGCCACUUCCGCCGGACAAACCGGUCACUUGGAGGGGGGCAGGUGGGGCAGGCAGUCUCUCGGGUGAACUGGUCCCAAGCUGCUCAGGGCUUUCUAUGUUAAUAGUAACAUUUUGAACUCUGCCCAGCAGCAUGUUGGUGAGCAGGGCAAACCUCUGCGCACAAGUGUGCCCUCCUGGCCGGGCCUCCCUCCUGUCAGCAUUCGUGCUGCAGCAUCCGCCACUAACUGCAAGGGAAGCCCCAUGGAGAGCGCAUUGCGGUGAUCCAGCCCUGAAGUAGCCGGUGCCUGAGCAGCUGUGGCCAGGCCUUCCUGGUCCCGGAAUGGUCGCCACCACUGAACCGCUUGCAAUUGCGCAAAGGCCCUCCUGGUCACAGGGGCUCCAGAAGUCCCCAAGCUGUGAACCUGCUCCCUCAGCCCAGCCAGCCAGCCCAGCCAUUUCUGGGAGCUCCUUGCCCACAGGAUCCAGUCCUUGCCAGGAUUCAAGCUCAGCUUGUUUUCCUCAUCCAUUUCGCCACUACGUCCCAACAGUGGCCUCUCCCCAUUCAGAUGUUAUGGAGGAACAGAGCUGAGGGUCAUCAGCGUACAGACGGCACCUCCUGGAACUUCUCGGCUGCAUCAGCAGAAGUCCAGUGUCCAGAUCAAGGGAAGUCAUAGUCCCUCUCUCUUCUGCCUUGGUCAGACCCCACCUGGAAUACUGGGUCCGAUUCCGGGCACCACCGUUUAAGAAGGAUGUGGACAAGCUGGAGCGUGAGCAGAGGAGGGCGACCAAGGGGCUGGAGACCAAGCCUUGUGAGGAACGGUUGAAGGAGCUGGGAAUGUUUAGCCUGGAAAAGAGGAGACAGAGAGAUACGAUCUCAAGGGCUGUCACACGGAAGAUGGAGCUGCUUUGCUUUCUCCUGCUCUGGAGGGUAGGACUCGAACCAGUGGCUUCAAGUUACAAGAAAGAAGAUUGCGACUGAACACAGCGGAAAAACUUUCAGUAAGAGCUGUUUGGCAGGGGAACAGACUCCCACCAGAGAUGGUGGGCUCCCCUUCCUUGGAGGUUUUUAAACAGAGGUUCAAUGUCCAUCUGUCAUGGAUGCUUUAGUUGUGAUUCCUGCAUUGCAGCGGCUGGACUAGAUGACCCCUGGGGUCCCUUCUAUGAUAAUAAUAAUAAUAAUAAUAAUAAAAUUUUAUUUAAAUCCCACCCUCCCCAGCCGAAGCCGGGCUCAGAGCAGCUAACAACAAUAAAAGUAACACAGUUUACCUAAAAUCACAAUCAAUUAGUUAAAAUUCAUUCUAAAAUCAAUUCAAAAUCAAAUUCAUGGCAACCAUUGGGCUAGAGUUCUGUGAGGAUUACCGAAGGAGAGAGGGGGUCAGACUGUGCCUUGGCCAAAGGCCUGGUGGAACAGCUCCGUCUUGCAGCCCUGAGGAAAGAGGUCAAGUCCCGCAGGGCCCUGGUCUCUUGGGACAGAGCGUUCCACCAGAUCGGGGCCUCAUGCCUGCUGCCAUGUAGAUGUUAAAUAGACUGGAGAUGAUCUAGUUCCCAGCAGCAUCCCAGAGCGCAGCCGCCAUGCUGCUCUCUGGACUCGGUGCAUGACAGAGCCGUUUCCCCAGUUCCCCAGAGGAGACCGUGGCCAGUGGUAUCGGAUGCCAGCGCCCAUUUCCCUCCCCUCAUCUUCAUCCAUCCCUUGUGGCAUUUGGGGCCAAUAUCCCAUCCAGAGAGUGCCUUUCCGGGUGUGUUGGACCACCUGAGAGAGACCCAUGAAGCUUCGAGGUGUCCUCUGCUUGGUUACUGAAGUCACCCAGGAUUAUCGUUCUGGGGUCCAACAAUCCCUCAGGGACUGCCUCGGCCAGCCAGAUCAGGGGUGCUGCCAGGGGGGCGGUGGAGCAGCAGAACCCCCCCCCCCCCGUCUCUGGUGCAGCCUCACGCCAGGCCCUCGAAGCCCAUCGCAAGGUCAAGAGGCUCGCUGGUCAAGGAGGGGGUGGGCAACACCCUCAUUUCAGCCCCCUGGCACCAGAAACAGAGGUGGGCACAGCUGGGUAAGGCCAGGCCCACGCAGGUGACUCCCCCAAGCCAGAGCAGCCUGCUGACCCAGAAUCGGAUCGUGAAUGAACAAGGUUUCAUUGUGGACUGAUCUGGCAUUCAGGACUCAGCAGAUCUGCUACCGGUCAUUUCUGGUGGGGUGAGAGGCCUGGGACAAGGAACGGAGACCAAACCCAAAGGCUUUUGCCCCCCAAAGUGGUCAGCCCCCUCCCUCUCCUGCCCUCCAACACUGAGAUUUGGGCGGCAUCUCGACUGCCCCCCUCCUGCCCCCCCAGAAGCAUCGGCACAGCACCCCUUCGAAGCCUGCGAUCCUCUGAUUCUCUGUUCGCAACGCCCCGUCUCCGCAGAACUGUUUGCAUUCCAUUUCCUUUUUAAUUUGUACGCUGCCGUUCCAUAUUCUUCUGCACGAGGCGGUUUGUGAGCGGGAGAAACGGCAAAACAUACAGCAAAGGUCACAAGCCUUACGACAAUCGGAUCCAGUGCAAAAAAAGUCCUUCUAAAAACAUAACUUUACCUAUAGCAAAUAAACUAAGAAUCAGUAACCCAUUAGAAUGUAAUAAUGCACAAUACAAUUAUCACCAAAAUAUAAUCAAUAAAAAGAACAGCAAGUCACAAUCCAUAAUAUACCGCACUACACAGAAAACUGUAAAAGGAUCAAAACAAUGACCUGACCCCACAGGAGUGGGUUGGCAGUCGUGUUACCUGGGACUCAGACCCCUUUUUUAGUUAAUUUAAUGAAACGUACAUCCCAAUUGCUUGUUUAAAAAGCAGCAGCAGCAGCACCCCGUUAUAAGCAGUUUAGAAAAAUCUAGAACUGUAUUGUAAGGUUGGAAGAGACCCCAAGGGGUCGUGUGGUCCAGCGCCCUGCAACGCAGGAAUCGCAGCUGAAGCACAUGUGCCCCUGACAUAUAAAACUAGAUACUGGAAUUGCUGGGUUAAAGACAGGUAUUUGAAAUGGACAGCAGCUAAGAAGAAAUGAAAAUUGUGUGGAUGGGUGAAAUAUACUCGGAGUCAAGUGUGGAUUUCAUGCUCUUUAUUCAGCUCAUAGUGGUGAGGAGGAAUGGAAGUCCCCCCCAAGGUAUCUGCUUUAUAUACAUUAUUUACACAAUGGGCCCCACGUGAUUGGCUAAUUCCGGGAUUCUCCUGUAGGCCAAUCGGGUCGCGGAUUCACUUCCCCCUGGAGCUAGAUUGGGUGGCUCCUGUGGACCAAUCAGACUGCUGCAUUGUUCUAGGACCAAUCAGACUGCUGCAUUUUGGAUCCUAUUCAACUCAGUAUAUAACACCGGGCUUGCUUAAAUAACUGUUUUUUAAGGAGGCCACAGAAAGACCCCAGCAAUGUCAAUAGGCAGGGAGUUCCACAGGCCUGUCACGGAUAUUUUGAGAAGCGGGUUCAAAGUUCCCACCCCCUUUGGUGGUUUUAUCUGAAUAGAAUAGGUGUAGUGGCUGGGAAAAAUGAAGAGCUCCGGGUGGCCUCAGAGCCGAGCGAAAUGAAUCACCGGCUCUCGUGCCAAGAGUCUGAGCAGCCUCCCGCCAGCCCAGGGAGUUAUAAAAGUCAAGCAGCUCUGGUUCCGCUGCACUUGCAUAAAAGAAUGUUAUAUCACAAUCCGUGCAAUAAAAUAAUGUUAUAUCACAAUUGCACGUGCAAGUGGAAACAAGCGCCAUGGACCGGUGGGGGGUCUUACUUCUGAGUAUAUGUGCUCCAUUCAUGCCAGGUUCUUUCUGUGGGGCUUCCCUCGCGGCGGAUCCGGAAGCUGCAUUUGGGGAGGAUGCUGCAGUGCAAUUGCUGACGGGAAUGAGGCCAUGGACGUCUUUGCUCCUCGGAGAUCUGUGCAGUUUGGGACUAGUUUACCUACGAGAUCCUGAUUUGCAGGGGGUUGGAAUGGAUGAUGCUUGGGGGUCCCUUCCAACUCUACAAUUCUGUGAUCGCCUCACCCCACAUAAUACUCAACCUUUUAGAGUGGCAUCAACUACCCUUUGGAACUCCCUGCCUGUUGAAAUCAGUCUCACAGGAAAAUAUUUCAGAUCCUUCUCUAGGUGACAUUUGGCUUUCCUCGUAUUUAUUUUACCUACUUAAUUCAUAGAGCUGCCCCAUAGCAGAAGAGUUUUAGGAAACCUGGGGGGUGUGGUGCUGAGAGUGUCGGACUCAGGAGAUCAGGGUUCGGAUCCCCACUCAGACUCCCUGGAGGACCUUGGAGUCGGUCGCAGCCUCUUUGCCUACCUCACAGGGUCCUUGUAGGGAGUAACUGGAUAAUAUGCUUUCAUAAAUGCAACGAAAUAAGCUCUUCUGCUGGCUGCUUCAGAAAGCUGGGGAUGCAGCCAGAGGGAGAAGUCCGUUGCCAACGUGGCACCCAGAGAUCUCCACAGGGGGCGGUGGAACCCAUGCCAGUCGCAAGACACAGCUGGCAAAUUUCUAACACUGCCACCAACUGUGGAGGCGGAGAAGAGCCAUCCUGGCUAGUAGCCAUUCACAGCCUUCUCCUUUUCCAUUAAUUUGUAUCCCCCCAACCUACUUUUGAGGCCUUAAACAUUAGGGGGCUCUCUUGGUUCCUCCUCCGAGCCAUCAGUUGAGCUGCCUUCCUUUUUGGAGCCUUCUAACGCAAGUUCUUUUCCCGUCUCCUUUUUUCCACUCCCCAGCGCCAUGGAGGCCUCUUCCGGCCUCCCCGUGGUCCACGUGGACUUCCCCGAGGUCACCAGCGCCCUGCUGGAGAACCUCAACCAGCAGCGGGUGGAGGGCAAGCUGUGCGACAUCGCCAUCCACGUCCAGGGCCGCGUCUUCCGGGCCCACCGGGCCGUGCUGGCCGCCUCCUCGCCCUACUUCCACGACCAGGUGCUCCUGAAGAACAUGACGUCCAUCGUGCUGCCCAGCGUCAUGGACCCGGUGGCCUUCGAGACGGUGCUGGGCUCGGCCUACACGGGCAAGCUGAGCAUGGCCUCGGACGAGAUCGUCAACUACCUGACGGUGGGCAGCGUCCUGCAGAUGUGGCACAUCGUGGACAAGUGCACCGAGCUGCUGAAGGAGCGUCGGGGGGCCUUCCUGGGGCCUUCCUCCUCCUCCUCGUCCUCCUCCUUCCGCGCCCACUCCAGCCGCACCAGCGACAACCAGUCGCCCAGCAGCAGCAACUACUUCAGCCCCCGCGACUCGGGCGAGGGCCCCGAACAUGGCAAGUUCCACCCGCUGCGGGGGGCGCUGGCGGGAGAGCGCGACGACCACGACGAGGAGGUCAUCUUCCAGGCCGAAAAGGGGCCCCCACGCUGCCCGGACCCCUUCGCCGGCGGCAGCAAGUUCGUCCUGGAGACGGACGACGACGUCAGCGACAGCAGCGAGGGCCGGCGCCCGGCCUACGUGCGGCCCAGCAUCAUGCCCCAGAAGCAGUGGGUCUUCGUCAAGAAGGAGCGCUCCCAGGAGGACCUGGUGCUGACCUGCGAGGAGGACGAGGACCCCGUGGAGGUGGCCGGGCCGGCGCCCGAGGCGGCGCUCAGCAUCAGCGACGUCCGCACCCUGACGGAGCCUGGCGGGGGCGGCUCGGGGGGCAAGCUGGAGGAGCAGGUGAACUUCUGCGAGUCCUCGGAGGACUUCCCCUCGGCCUACGAGGGCCUGGAGGAGGCCGCCCCCUUUGCGCCGCGUGGCGCCCUCCUGCCCAUGGACAUGCAGGGCAACCAGAUCGUGGUCUUCCCGCCGCAGGCGCCGGUGGAGCACGGGGCGGUGCAGCUGGCGGCCGGCUCGGGCGACGGCAACAAGAUCUUCAUGUGCCACUGCGGCAAGGCCUUCUCGCACAAGAGCAUGCGCGACCGGCACGUCAACAUGCACCUCAACCUGCGCCCCUUUGACUGCCCCGUCUGCAACAAGAAGUUCAAGAUGAAGCACCACCUGACCGAGCACAUGAAGACCCACACGGGCCUCAAGCCCUACGAGUGCGACGUCUGCGCCAAGAAGUUCAUGUGGCGAGACAGCUUCAUGCGCCACAAGGGCCACUGCGAGAGGAGGCACCGCCUCGGAGGGGGGACCGGCGGCCCAGCAGCCUCCAAGAAGGAGGCGGCGUCGCCCUCCCGGGUGGGGGCCGAGGCCGAGUGGGGCACCGGGAGGUCCCCCCGCAGCGAAGUGGGCUUUGCGGGGAGCAGUAAGAUGUGAGGGGGAGCAGGGGGCAGCCCAGCCCAAGCCGGCCUGCGCUAGGGACCCCCACCCAGACUGGGCGCAAGUCCCCCACCUCAGACUGAGUUUUAGGGGGUGGGCAGGACAGCACCACUGGACUGAUCCCCCCACCCCGUCCGGAGCGGGUCCUCUGCUGCCGCCGUCUCCCCCAGGAAGGAUCAGGACCCCCUGCUGCUCCUUGUAAACAGCCCCCCACCCUUCUCCGUUGUCAGUCGAUGUCCCCCCUGUCUGCACCUUGCAAGGAGGGAACCAUAGAGUUGUAGUGUUGGAAGGGACCCCGUGGGGGACUGAACACUAAAUACCCCCCCUCACCUUCCAUGUCUCAGUUGGGGGAGUCAUGUAGCAGUCAGCACCCUUCCUCUCCCCGCCCCCCUUGUGUCUGUCCUGUGGGUGUCAAGAGCGGGGGGGCGGUCCGUGGCUCAGGAGAGCAGUCACUUUGGGGGAGGGGGCUCACAUCCCCAUCUGAGCAAGGACACCCCCCACCGCCAGAAACCCAGCAGAGGAGCAGCCAGCCGUCAGGAAAGGUGGCAACUCUGAGCUGAGUGCCACCAACCAACAUGUCUUUGUGUGUGUGCGUGUGUGUGUCUGUGAAAUUCAAAUUGUCCCCCCAGGGAAAGAGGGAAGACCAGGACCUUUGUCAUAAUUGCGGGGUUGGGGAGGCCUCUUUCUGCCCCCCUCUAGGGAGAACGUGGGGCGCAGAACACUUGCCCCUGCAUUGCCCUUCCCAGAGUUAAUGCUGUUUAUCUGCCCCCCCCCGUUCCGCAUCUUGUUCUGUCUGCCUCCAUUUACCUUUGAGAUUUUUGUAACUUAACUUCGUUUGAGUCUCUCUUUUUUUUUUUUAAGAAAAAACAAAGAAACUGAACCUUCUCUAUAAAUAUUUAUUGAUCUCUUUUGUGGCCCUGAACACAGUUUGUAUAUUUCUACACCAACUUCCCAGCCCCACAAAACCUACUGCCAUUUGGGAACCUCCACCAAGAGGCUGAUGUUCAGAGAACCCUAGAAUUGUACAGCUGGAAGGGGGACCCCCC